UGCAAAGUUCAGAGGAUCACUGCUAUAACUCUCGGCUGCUCUCAACCAACAGUAUCUCGCAUAAUAGCACAAGUUUCCGACUUGUUUUAUAGAAGGCGAAAGGAAUUCAUUAAAUGGCCAGAGCCUAACGAGCAGCAAAAUACCCAAAGAAGGUUUCUCGAAUUAUGCGGAAUUCCAAAUGUUGUCGGAGCGCUUGACGGAUCCCACGUGAAAAUCAUCGCACCGAGUGUUUCCGAAGACAGCUACGUUUUUCGCAGCAGUGUUCUGUAUAGAUCGCUGCAGACAGGAAGAAAAACUGGCAUUUUGCUGGCCGAUAGCGCGUACAGAUCCGAAAGAUUCCUUUUGAAGCCGAUUCUGAGGGAAAAUAGGACAGCUGCAGGUUCAUGUUCGCACACACAACUUUUGAUUCUAGAAACACGCUACACCGACGCUGUCUGCCGCGGGCGGGUUGUGAUCGAAAAUGCGUUUGGAUCACUCAAAAGGCAAUUUCAAGCCUUGCACACGGAGCUUAGGCACAGUCCCGCUAGAAGUGCAAAGAUCAUUGUGGCCGCAUGCUGCUUGAGGAAUUACUGCAUACAAACACGCGAGCGUAGCUUCACCGAGGAUGAAGCCAUCGCUCAGCAGUACCCCGAAGCAGGAAAUGAAGAUCCCGAUUUGCCGGACGUAGGAGAAGGCGAUAGCAUGCGCCGUUUUAUUGUCGAAAACUACUUCGCAUGA